GGAAAGAAGGAAGGGGGAGGCCGCCUCUCCUCCAACCCAGUCCUUUUUGCGGCUUGGAAGGAGAGAAGGUGGAAGAAAGAGGAGGAGGAGGAGGAAGAGGAAGAGAGAGAGAGAAGGAAAGUUCCCUCAGCAGCAGCAGCAGCAGCAGCAGCAGGGCUCCUGGGGAGGCCAUGCCAGGCCUCCUUGCCACCCCCCUCCUGCUGCCACGCAAGCAGAAGGGGAGCAACAGGCGGAGGAGGGAAGGGGGCCUUCCAAGCCCAGGGCCCCAUGCAGCCGCCCCGCAAGGCUGUGCCUGCCUGGGUGCCCCUUCCCUCCGCUUUAGCUGAGGAGGGCGCAGUUGGGGCAGGGGAAAAGGGCGCCAAACUUUUCCCUCUUCCUUCCCCUCAAGAUGCCCCACAAACUCCGGAGGCUCUUCCGAGGCAGCGGGCGCGCCUUGGCGCUCAUCUUCGCCGCCUCGGUCCUCUGGGUGCUCUUUGACAUGGCAGCCCUCCGGCUCUCCUUCAGCAGCGACCUCCAGGCCCUGAAGGCAGAAGAGGCCAGGGCUAGGAAGGAGAGGGCCCCAGGCUCCCAGAGGCCUCUUUGGAGGGGGUUUGGGCAAGGGGAAGAGGAGGAAAAUGGAGGAGACUUGGGGAAGGGGUCCCAGAGAGAGGCCCCCCAACCUGUGGCCGGGGUGCCCAGGACUAGCCCAGUCCCAGUGGGCCACUCCAGACCCCUAAGAAAGAUGGAGGUGGCCAAAGAUGCCACCAGGCCUCAACAACCAAAGGCGCCCCCCUCCGACCCUGAGAGAGGGUGGCCCCCUGCCACAGUGGCCCAGGCUGUGGUGACCAUCGAGACCAAAAUGGCCCCCAAAGGGCAGAGGUCAUUCGCCAAAGGGCCCCAGGGCAGAAAAGAGUUAAGAGAGAAAGACGCUUUGGAGCUGCCCCCCAGAAGCAGACCCCGUCAACUGGAGGGUGGCCCUCCUCUGCCAAGCGUGACCAAGUUUCCAGGAAACAGGACUCGGGUUCUGGGAAGCGUGGGUAGUUUCCAUGGUGGGACACAACGCUUGGGUUUGCCCACCACCCAAGUGGCGGCUUCCAAGGCGGCAGAGGAGAAAGGAGGAGCGAGGAAGGGGACACCUCUGGGAAAGGGGCACCGAGAAGAUGAUACAAGAGUGGCCCGUGCCAAGGAGAUCCUGCCCGGGAACCCAGUGGUCCUCAUAAGCAAGGAGGAGGCACGGGUGGUCUUUCCGACACUUCACGCCAGUGAUGCCAAAGGAAACAGAGGGGUGGAAAAAAAUGUAUGGCCAGUUGGUAACAAGAGCAGAGAUCACCCCAAAGCCAUUAAUAAUGGAACCAGAGUAGCUGGUCUUACCAUGGCAGCGACUACAAAAGCCCUUUUGACUAAAGGGAAAGAGCGAGAGGGCACUAAAAGGGUGAGUUUAGUCGACAAGGACCAAUUAAAGAAAAUCAAUCACAGUGACAGUGUGAUCCAUUUCCAAGAAAAUACUAGGCUGCACAAGGUGUUAAGCAUUGAUAGGACGCUUGGUCCGCGGGACCCCAAUGCACCAGGGCAGUUUGGGCGUCCUGCUGAGGUCCCAGGUGAGAAGCAAGAAGAGGCCAAACGAAGGUGGAACGAGGGGAAUUUCAAUGUCUAUCUGAGUGACCUAAUCCCUGUAGACCGAGCCAUUGAUGACACAAGGCCCAUUGGAUGUUCAGAUCUCCUGGUCCACAAUGACCUUCCCACCACCAGCAUUAUUAUGUGUUUUGUGGAUGAAGUCUGGUCCACUCUCCUCCGCUCUGUUCACAGUGUCCUCAACCGCUCACCUCCUCAAUUUAUUAAAGAGAUCAUUUUGGUUGAUGAUUUUAGCACAAAAGCAUACCUCAAGGACAAAUUAGACAGCUACAUGGCACAGUUCCCCAAAGUCCGUAUCCUUCAUCUCAAAGAACGGCAUGGAUUAAUACGAGCAAGACUGGCUGGAGCAGAGAUUGCUAAAGGGGAUGUACUGACAUUUUUAGAUUCUCACGUGGAAUGCAAUGUAGGGUGGCUGGAGCCACUGUUGGAGAGGAUCCAUUUAAACAGAAAAAAAGUUCCUUGUCCUGUUAUUGAAGUGAUCAGUGACAAAGACAUGAGCUAUAUGACUGUGGACAGUUUUCAACGUGGCAUUUUUACUUGGCCAAUGAAUUUUGGGUGGAAGCCAAUUCCUCCAGAUGUCAUUGAGAAAAAUAAGAUUAAGGAAACUGAUAUAAUCAGGUGUCCUGUGAUGGCAGGUGGCUUAUUCUCUAUUGAUAAGAAAUACUUUUUUGAACUCGGGACAUAUGAUCCUGGACUUGAUGUUUGGGGAGGUGAAAACAUGGAGAUCUCAUUCAAGGUUUGGAUGUGUGGGGGGGAAAUUGAAAUCAUCCCAUGCUCCAGAGUGGGUCACAUUUUCAGGAAUGAUAACCCCUACUCCUUCCCUAAGGACCGCCUCACUACAGUGGAGCGGAAUUUGGCCCGUGUUGCAGAGGUUUGGCUUGAUGAAUACAAGGAUCUUUUCUAUGGACAUGGUUACCAUCUCAUCAAGAAAAAUUUGGACGUUGGAGACUUGACUCAACAGAAAGAACUAAGGAAGCAGCUUCAGUGCAAAAGCUUCAAAUGGUAUCUGGAGAAUGUCUACCCUGAUUUAGAAGCCCCCCUUGUUAAAGCUAGUGGGCUGAUUAUUAAUAUUGCCUUGGCUAAAUGCAUUACUGUGAAUCAAUCAAGUCUGGCUUUUGAAACUUGUGAUGUUAACAACAAGAACCAAAAAUUCAACUACACAUGGCUGAGACUGAUCCAGCAUGGAGAGUCCUGUAUAGCACCAACUGAUACAAAAGGGACACUGGGCCUGCAUCCUUGUGAUAAAAGAAACAAUACCCUGAAAUGGUUGCAUAAAUCACUAGUGGCUUUUCAUCCAGAACUCAUGGAUCACAUUGUCUUAGAACAUCUUCCACGGGCCACAUGUCUGGAAGUGGAUCAGUCUCAGAAAGCCCUGAGGGCAAACAUUUGUUCCUCUUCCAAUCCUUAUCAGAAGUGGCAGUUUGGAAAUUACUAUGCUGACUGAAGAGAAAGAUGAACAAACCAGACACAAGAACUGCUUUGUAAUCCAAUGAAUCCAGGAAUGACAGCUGUGAAACUUGUAAUAGCAGCAAGUGCAAAACUGACAGCUCACUUCCAAACCACAGCUGAAACUCGCCCAUUUAAAAGAAGCAUAUGGACAGAUCAGAAGAAGGGGCAUGGGUGCAGCUGAUGUAAUGUGGCCUGACACCAGACAUAGAUGUGUCACC